UUGACGUGUUCGGUUGACAAAAGCGGAAACGUGCACUAGUCAAUUUAGCCAAAUACAAGAAAAAAAAAACAUCUGACACACACAGAGCGCUUGAGAGAGCAGGAUAGAUAGCAGCGGGCGAGCGAGAGAGAGAAGGUAGCCAGCCAUAAAAAAAAACGGGAAAAAAACAGCAGCGAUGCCAGCAGCAACUUGAUAAAUGAUAUGAAUAAUGUGAAAAUAAUUGCUACAACAACUAAUACCACUACUGGCAAAUAGAGCAAGACAAACAACAGCAGCAACAACAACAAGCGCCUGUGUGUCCGUGUCCCCGUGUGUGUGCGUGUGUGAGAGAGAGAGCGCGCGAGUGUGUGUGUGAGUGUUUUGUAUCUGUGCCAGUGUGAGUGCGUGUCACAUAUCAGCAGCAGCAGCAGAAGAAGAAGCAGCCGCAGCAGCAGAAGAAGAAGAAGCAGCAGCAGAAGUUCAGUGGAAAAGCACGCAGCCAAGCAGGAAAAUUUGUAAACGAAGUCGGCAGAGCGGCGGCAGCGGAAAAGCAGCGCAGCAGCAGCGACGCAGGCAGAAGGUCUCACCGCCCACAACAGGAGGCUGCCACGCCCCUUUCCAGAAGGCAGGACGCACGGCACACCACAUCACCACACCCAACAUGGGCAGCGGACACUAUUUCUGGGCGAUCUUAUACUUUGCCAGCCUGUGCAGUGCUUCACUAGCAAAUAAUGCCAAAAUAAAUUUCCGAGAAAAGGAGAAAAAAGUCUUAGAUCAAAUUUUAGGUGCAGGCAAAUACGACGCCCGAAUACGACCAUCCGGAAUAAAUGGCACAGCUAAUAAGCCAACCAAUGUGGAAGUGAACAUGUUCCUGCGGUCCAUUUCGAAAAUCGACGACUACAAAAUGGAGUACAGUGUGCAGCUUACCUUCCGUGAACAGUGGACGGAUGAACGCCUGAAGUUCGACGAUAUCCAGGGUCGCCUGAAAUAUCUGACCCUGACGGAGGCGAACCGCGUGUGGAUGCCCGAUCUUUUCUUCUCGAACGAGAAGGAGGGACACUUCCACAACAUCAUCAUGCCCAAUGUGUAUAUUCGCAUCUUCCCCAACGGCUCAGUGCUAUAUAGUAUACGUAUCUCGCUGACAUUGGCCUGCCCAAUGAACUUGAAGCUGUAUCCGCUGGAUAGACAGAUCUGCUCACUGCGAAUGGCGAGCUAUGGCUGGACCACCAACGACUUGGUCUUCCUGUGGAAGGAGGGCGAUCCCGUGCAGGUGGUGAAGAACUUACACCUACCUCGCUUCACACUGGAGAAGUUUCUGACUGAUUACUGCAACAGUAAAACCAACACUGGUGAAUACAGUUGCCUCAAAGUCGAUCUACUAUUCAAGCGAGAAUUCUCAUAUUACUUAAUACAAAUUUAUAUACCAUGCUGUAUGUUGGUCAUUGUAUCAUGGGUAUCAUUCUGGCUGGAUCAAGGAGCAGUGCCGGCGCGUGUGUCACUGGGUGUGACCACCCUGCUGACCAUGGCCACCCAGACGUCGGGCAUCAACGCCUCCCUGCCGCCCGUUUCCUAUACCAAGGCCAUCGAUGUGUGGACUGGCGUGUGUCUGACGUUCGUGUUCGGGGCCCUGCUCGAGUUCGCCCUGGUGAACUAUGCAUCCCGUUCAGGUUCGAAUAAAGCUAACAUGCAUAAGGAGAAUAUGAAAAAGAAGCGCCGCGAUCUGGAGCAGGCCAGUUUAGAUGCCGCUUCAGAUCUGCUCGAUACAGAUAGCAAUGCAACGUUCGCAAUGAAACCGCUGGUCCGCCAUCCCGGUGAUCCGCUGGCCCUGGAAAAGCGGCUCCAGUGCGAGGUGCACAUGCAGGCCCCGAAGCGACCCAACUGCUGCAAGACCUGGCUAUCCAAGUUCCCCACAAGACAAUGUUCUAGAUCCAAGAGAAUCGAUGUUAUAUCUCGGAUAACCUUCCCGCUGGUCUUCGCCCUGUUCAACCUGGUCUACUGGAGCACAUAUCUCUUCAGGGAGGAGGAGGAUGAGUAAAUGCCGUUACCAAUUGCCAAACACCAAUUACUUUAUAGAAGAGUUGGCCCUGUUGGCCAACACGAAUGUACUAACCUAUUUCUUUCAUUCUUUUCCAUUUCGGUUGUCUUCAUUUCAUGCUUUGUGUUGCUUAUGGCUUUGUUGGCUUCAUUUCCAAUUUGGUUGAUUUCUUGAUUGACACCUUGAUUGAAUGGUUUAAACCGAUAAAGGACCUUCUAAGGCGCGUCUCUGAAAUCCAGUGGCUAUGUAGAAUCUAACAUGAAAUUAACUAAUUAUACCGUUAACGAAAUCGAGGGAUACGUUACGAUAAUGCUAUAUGUAUGGUUAUGUCUCGGAUCAGUGCAGAAUAGUUAAGAUCGGUAUCCGGCAAGGCUUCAACGCACUUCCACUAAAGAAAAAACAAAUAAUGUUUGGUGAAUGACAAAAUUAUAGUUAAUUGUAAGUUGAAUUGAUCAAGAGUGACUGCAUAGUAGAUAAUGUUAUUAAUAAUUAUACGAUACACACACUGACACACACCACAACACUUGUUUGACUUGAUUUGUUCUGAGGAUGAUCCAAAUUGUUACGAAUUGAUUAAUUAUUUUAGCUGGUAAUCGACGAUAAUCGAGUUUUGUUCCGGACUCUAGCUUAGUUCUAAAAAAAAUUGCAAUUGAUUUGUACUUAAAUGCGUUAAGUUAGUUAAGCCGCAAACAGCGAGAGGAGGUCGUAGAUAAUUCGACGUUUGUAAAUAUGUCAUACAAUAAGUUUUAAGCGAACUAGUUUAAAUCAAUUCUAAUUGUAAAAAGCGUGUAGAUAAAUUUAAGUUUAGUCGAUAAACGAACAACUAACCGAAGCGAGAAAAUCUAGGUAAAUUCAAUUUAAUUAUGUUCACCAUCGAAGUAAAUAAAAAUCGAAUCGACUCGAAAAUAUCGAAGAAUCCUUCAAAGCACACAGAAAACAAAAACAGAAUUUUAUUUUCGCAUUAUUUGCCCAAACUACUCUUAAAUGAUAAGUUCUACUGAAACUGGUGGGUAUCUGCAAGUUAUUUUUCCUAAAAAUUUUAUUAGAAACUUUCUUAAUUAUUUAUAUAAAGCUUGCUUUUGAUUUAAGAGUUGAAUAUUAAUAGUAGUUAAAUUGUUCUUGUACUCACGGGGAAUUAAGCCCCCAAAUUCUAAUUCCCUUUUGAUUUGAAUCCUUAGAAUAUUAAUAUAAAUUAACAAUUACCUAAUUAUGUAUUGGGUCGCAGAGGCCACUUAGCUAGUUAAUUUCCUUAAUUAGACUUACAAAAUAAAAAUAUACAACAUGCAAACCAUAAACCAAUUAACAGACAAUACAAAAUGUUUUAUCAUGUAGUAAAAGUCCCCAAAGAACUUAAUGAAUACUACACCUAAAUUUACUGAAAUCAGUAAUAUAAGACAUAAAUUAGAUCAGAUAUAUACAGUUCUUUUCAUAUCCAAAAAUGUCUUUGGUUAUUUAAGUGCCUUUUGUAUGCCAAGAAGAUUUCUCCUCCACUUUCUCCCCACUAUAACUCUCUUCUCUCCUUUUAAUAACUCUACUCCUUUCACACUGAAGAUCUUCCCUAAGCCCAAUUAGAGAAAUGCACUAACCGAUACCAUAAACUAUGGAACUCUAAUUUUAGAACUAUAAUUAAAGUGAAUUCUACAUAGCAACAACAGAAACAGAACCAGAACCACAAUAACAACUUAAAUCCUUCAGAUAAAAUUAAAUAAAAUGUUUUAGUAGUUUUUUAAUAUUUUUAUUAACUUGAAGCCUGUUUUAUUCUCAUGUUUGUUUUAACUUUUUCUUUGGUUUUGGAAAUGCUUUUUGUUUGCUAUCAUUUAUAAUCUAAAGGUAAGAAAUUAAACGUAAAAAUGAAAUCAAAAAUCAAUUGAAACUUAUUCUAAUAUAUAGACACAACACAAGGCACCCUGCAUAAUAAUUGUUGUCAUUAAACAAGCGUCAUAAGUACGAUCAAAACAUAAAGAAAACCGAAAACCGAAAACGGAAAAUAUUUAUAGAUACUUUCAUGUUGUAAAAGUUGUGCCAAGCAAAGAGAAACCAAAAACUAGUAAAAGAAUAUUGAAAGAGAUCGCAAAUUAUAACUAUAACUCUAGCUAUAGUUGUAUUGUAUAUGAAGCUAUUGAACAUACAGGGUUUUUAAAUGUGAGCAUAUAGUUGAUGAACCAGAAGACGAUCGAAAAUUCGAAGAAAGUAGAUGGCAGCCGGAUUGAUUGGGCUGAUUGAUUGAAAUGCGUUGAUUAAUGUACUAGAAGAAAAUAAUCACGAAGACGGCAGAACAAUUAAAUUAGGUCAUACACAAUGGGAGGGCGAAACACUGUUUUCGGCAUUUAUUUUUAGUGGAAAAACAUACUUAGGUUGUGUGCUGCUCUUCAUUUGCCGUUCUCCAAUUCGGUCAAUUAUCAUUUUUUCCGGCAAAUCGUUUAGCAGCGGCAGUCCAGUUCAAUGUAAAUAGUUUGGGUCAGAACAUGUAAAUGUCAUUUAAUGGUUAGGUUAACGAGAAACACAACUACGGGAAAUCGUAACACGAAAUGUGCACAACUUUAUAUAUAGAUGCGUUCCAAAAAGACUUACAGGUUUUGAUUAACAAUGAGAAGCAUAGAGAUUAAAUCAUUUACCAAUGCGAUGUAAACACGAGAAGAACUAUGCGAACGAGUAGCUCCUAAGUUAACGUAUGUGUAGAUCCUAAGAGGCAGUUCGAAACCAGACUAGAUAAAGCAUUCACAUAACUAAGCUACUAAGCGCCAAGGCAAAUUGCAUUCACCACCCACUAUCCGAACUCACUUGAACCACCCACUCACCCCUUUCACCACUCACUCGAUGUUUAAUCUUUACUAACGACACAAAAGAAAUCAAAACGACACCCAAACCGAAAUCGAAAUCGAAAACGAAAUCUUUGCACAGUUUGAGGGGGCAAACGAGUUUGAGUAAUGCAAGUUAAAAUUUAGAUAAAUCAUGACACAUAUCUUCCAAAAAGGGGGCGGCUCAUGGCCCAUUUAUAACAAUCAAGCAACUCAAACUAUAAUUUCUAGAUAUGAAGUGUAAAUACAAACGACAAACGACAAACAACCAAAUCAUUCGAGUCGAAAUUGCAAUCGAUGGCGAGAGAAAAUCGAAUCAAUAAACACUGAAAAUCACCUUACUUUAUAGAGCUAAGUCAGGACAUGCACACUCAAAGUCAGAAAGAAAUCCAUGAUCCCCAGACAAUGAGAGGAUUUAGCACAGAUCACAGUCACAAGUAUAGUCUUAAGACCGAAUCAAUUCGGAAGGAAACAUCGCAUGCAUUUCACUGUAGUGCAAUCCAAUCCUGGAUCAUAACCCAAAACGCAGAAAGAAACAACGCCAAAACCACAAACGAAAUAAAUUCUAAACGUACAUUUAGACCCGGCAAUAACACAUCAUAAGCCGUCGGUGAGAAAUUAAAACAGCAAAUCAAAUGCCCAAGUGAAAGAUUAGUAGCAUAAUUUUACAAAAUAGUUGAAAUAAUUGUUGUCAGCCGAAAGGAAAGAAAAAGUCCUAAAACGGAAACCAGAAAAAAACGAAAUAAUUGUGUAAAACCCCCAGAAUAAUGAUGUUUGUGAAAUGUUUAUAAAUAAAUGAUGCAAAACGAAAUGAAAGAA